CUGCCUUGGAUACUAACAAACAAAAUGGCGGCGAAACGACAACCAGUUGCGAAAGGAGGUAUUUGGAGCACUCAACCGGCGCCAAUGAGCAAGGAAACCCAGCAGUUACUAAAAGUUAUGAUGGAGGAAUCAAAGUUGACAAAUUUCCAAAGGCGACAAUUGAGUGACAAAAUGACAAAGGGUCAGUCUUUACCGGUCUCAGUAAAUCCUACAACAAGCCAACAAGGACAGAGACCACGACAGACCUCAGCAGCCAAGAAGCCUCUCCCUAAAGUCAUGAAUGCUCGACAUCUAUCAGGGGGAAAGAGAAGCAAAGAAGUGAUUGAAGUGUUGCAUGAUACAGGGGAGGAGCCUUAUAGACCGGCACCAACAAAAUAUAUUUCUACUGAGGAAAAGAGAAAACUCCAAAAUGUGAUGGCAUAUGGUGAACAUGGAAAAGAGAUUGGCAUGAAGAAACCAGCAAAACCUGCAUCUAAAUCGAUGGAGGAAGUUGAAGUCGAUAGAUUUGAUGAAGUGCUCCAAGAGAUUGAGGAAAGAAAACAGUUCUUGGAAGAAAUGGAAUCAUUAGGUCAAGGCAAGAAAUACAGGACAGUCAUCAAUACAGAAAUCUCUCAGAAAAUCAGAGAACUUGAAUUGAUUGACAAGAAAAGGAGCCAAGAGCUGGAUGUAGCUAUCAAAGAGCAAAAUGAGUCACCCGGCCCUGAAUCAUAGCCCGGCUUGACACAACACACAAAGCAUAUGUACAUGAAUGACAAAAUGACUUAUAUAACUAUCAGUGGACACUUUUGCAAAAUAUAUAUAUAUAUAUAUUUGGAUGGGUGUACUAUUUAAGCUGCUUGUAUUAGUAAAUUGUCAUAAGCAAACUUUUAUAAACCUAACGUUCCCUUGUUCUCCUUUACCUCCUAAUUCCACUGUCUAUGGACAGGAGAGGAGAGAGGGCAGGUCCCCCUAGUUGUACCAUACGUCAUCUUCACAGAGACACAGCCCACAUAGUCCAUUUUUUACUUUUUAUCACGAGUUUCCAAUGAAAAGAAUCUUGUAUACUGUAAAAUACUGUGGAAUUAUUCCCCAUUUUGUUUUCCCAAAUUUUACUAAGCACAAAACGUCAUAAAAGCUGUAUUAUUAUGGCCUAUACAACUGUAAAAACUUAAUGUGCGCAAAGUAAAAGUGCAUGAGAAGUCUAAUCUGACUGUGGGAAAUGAGUUGCGCGCAAAAAUACUCAUGCUCAACUGUUUUAGUUACUUAUGAUCUCAAGCGACAUUUGAAGUAUUACCGAAGAGAACAGUAUUGCAGAGAAUAGUAUUAGAUAGCAUUUGUACCUGUAGGAAGAACUGUAUAGUGUGGAAACACCUUUUUUGAGUAUUUACUAGUAUAAAAAGUGAAUUAAACAAUGAUUAUACUUGGUAAA